AUGCAUAUUGAUGCAGUUGAGGAGGAAGUGGACAAACUACUAGAAGCUAAAGCCAUUCGCGAGGUGAACUACCUUAGUUGGUUAUCCAACACAGUGGUUGUAAAAAAGAAGAACGGCAAGUGGAGGGUUCUAGUCGACUUUGUGGCCGAGUUCACCCCUAGUGCCAUCCUGCGUCGGACUCUGGUGAGAUACAACUUGGGAUACCCAGGGGAGCAAGAAGAAACCCAACUGGGGCCUAAGAACCCCACUCUAGCAAAACAGAUGAAAGAAGAGAAACCAAAGCCCUGCGGCAUGUAUAUUGGCGACUCCUUCCACCUGUUUGUUAAUGGAUGUUCAAACCGUCAAGGAGUAGGGGCAGGAGUAGUGUUAGUAUCGCCAGAUAGGCAAAUGAUAGAGCAGUCUCGUUUGGAAUUCAAGGCCUCAAACAAUGAAGCAGAGUAUGAGGCACUGAUUGUAGGGUUAAAGUUGGCAGCAGCAAUGGAGGCUGAUGAUGUGGUAGUCUUCUGUGACUCCCAACUUAUUGUGAAUCAGGUAGUAGGUGAGUAUGCAGCCCAAGAUGAACUAAUGAUAGCCUAUAUUAAAGAGGUUGUCAGAUUGCUUUCCUUGUUCUAA